ACGCCCUCUAUUAUUUAAGCAUAAAUGCAUAAAAGUUGCUCUGUAUUACUAUUAAGGUACCCUGUCUAAAAUUCUUGUGUGUCUGGGACGUGUCGUUUGAAAAUAUCGUUUCUAACUUUUGGGUUGUUUAAAACUUGUGUUUGAAGUCAUGGCAGCUCUAAGUGAUGAAGAGGUGGUAAAGGCAUGCUCUGAACCAGAUCCAAGCACAAAGGAUUUUUUCUUUCAACAAACUAUGUUUCGUAUCAAAGAUCCAAAAGUAUCUUUAGAUUUUUAUACAAGAGUUCUUGGAAUGAGAUUACUACAGAAAUUUGAUUUUCCUGAAAUGAAAUUUUCUCUGUUCUUCAUGGGCUUUGAAAAUUCUGAAGAUAUUCCUAAGGACAAGUCAGAGCGCACAGCAUGGACAUUUUCACGCAAAGCAACACUGGAACUCACCCACAAUUGGGGUACGGAAAAUGAUCCUAAUUGUAGUUAUCAUAAUGGAAACUCUGAUCCCAGAGGAUUUGGUCAUAUUGGUAUUGUUGUGCCUGAUGUGGACAUGGCUUGUGAAAGGUUUGAACAGCUAGGAGUAGAAUUUGUGAAGAAACCAAACGAUGGAAAAAUGAAAGGGCUUGCCUUUAUCAAGGAUCCUGAUGGAUAUUGGAUAGAAAUCUUGAAUAAUAAAAACAUGGUCACCGUCACCUAAAGACCUCGAACAACCAGUGAUUUCUACUUAUCAAGAGUAAUGCUGAAUUUUCAGGGUCGUUGUUUUUGAUCUGCUUGUAAAAGACAAAGGCUCCAAGUAUGGACAAAAAUAUAUAUUCAUAGUGAAUUACACAGUUUUUGGAGUUAUAUGUAUUAUUGCUGUGCUUUUAUGUUGUAGCUCUGAUACUAACAGAAUGAAGAUUGAUUGGAAUAAAUAAUUCUCCAGAGAUUAUAUGCAAUAAGCGAUUUCGAGUUAAGUGAUAUUUGAUUGAUUUUUGUAACCUUUCAAUGGCUUAAAUGUUAUUGUUUGAAAAUGAAAUUAAAACAAUUCCUGUGUUGAUGAAGGCAAAAA